GCACGCGCUCUCACUUUGCGCGCCAAAAUAAUCCUGUCAGUGUCGAGUCCUCGCGCUCACGGAAUGCUCACAUCUCUCGCGCCCUUAGCGGAUACGCCAUUCUCUCUCUCUCUCUCUCUCUCUCUCUCUCUCUCUCUCUCUCUCUCUCUCUCUCUCUCUCUCUCUCUCUCUCUCUCUCUCAGAGCCGAGCUGAUUACAGGAUUUCCUUCUGACUGACUAAAAUCACGUUCCAGCAGUUAAAAUUCAUUUGAAAACAUGGAUCUGAUAAACUGCUCCUCAGUGGAUGAUGUGGAGCCUGGAAUCAGUGGCAGUAAAAUUGUCCUCUGCCUGCUGCUCUCUGUCCUAGCUGUGGCCACCACGGUCAUCAAUUCCAUGGUGAUAACAGCCAUUCUGGUCACUCGCAAGCUCCAUCAGCCAGCUAAUUAUCUGAUUUGCUCGUUGGCCGUCACUGAUCUUCUGGUGGCUGCGUUGGUAAUGCCAAUCAGCAUUGUGUACAUAGCAGAAGAGAUGUGGGUGCUGGGGCCGGCUAUGUGCCACCUAUGGCUGGGUGUGGAUGUUACCUGCUGCACCUGCUCCAUCCUUCACCUGGCAGCCAUUGCCCACGAUCGCUAUCGUGCCAUCACCGAUGCUGUGGCAUACUCGCAAAAACGCACAUCUCAGAGAGCAGCUGUGACCAUCGUGGUGGUCUGGGUGCUUUCUGUACUUGUCUCGCUCCCCCCUCUCAUGUGGAGGAAGAUGCCUGUAGAGGAACACGGAAUGAUGGAGUGCUUGAUGGAGCAUGACCAUGUUGCCUUUACCGUCUACUCGACCUUCGGCGCCUUUUACAUCCCGCUCAUCCUCAUACUGGUGCUCUAUUACAAAAUCUAUCGGGCAGCACAGACACUGCGCAACCGGCGAGGCAGUAGCCGACUGGUGAAGCAGUCAGUCAAUAGUGUCAUGGUGAGUUCAGAGCGGGAAGCUCCUCCGCUCAGUCCGGACACACUCAGCCCCACCGAGAAGUCUUUUUCGGAGCCGUCAACAGAUGGAGAACGCGUCAAGAUCACACCCACCACCGGCAAGGUCUUCAAGAACCGACGGAAUCCCGGUGCCAGGGAGAGACGAGCGGCCCUCACUCUCGGCCUCAUCCUCGGGGCCUUUGUCAUCUGCUGGCUGCCUUUCUUUCUCAAAGAGGUUAUCGUAAACACGUGCCCUUCUUGCAGUACUUCAGCUCUGCUUGCAGACUUCCUUACCUGGCUUGGCUAUCUGAAUUCACUCAUCAACCCGCUUAUAUACACCAUAUUCAACGAGGACUUUAAAAAAGCCUUUCAGAAACUCAUCCCUUUGUGUUGUACACAGUACCGAUGAACUCUGACAACAGAUGCUUUGAAAGAAAGGGUAUAUCGCAUUUGCAGGAGAAAUGCUUUGAGACUUUUGGGAAGGGGAUCAGACUUUGCACAGUUAAAACAACGUUGUCAUUUGUUCAUAGCAGUAGUUGGACUACCUUAAAACCCGAAACAGCAGAAAUCUUUUUUGGAGCUUUGAACAAAACAUUUGAUGGAAAUGUAAAAUUGUAACUGUUGCUUUAAAGACUUCAGUGACUGAAGAUAAUGGAUGAUACAAGUGUUACAGUAUACAGAAAAGGCACCAAAAAGACCUUAAUGACCACUUCUGAACUCUGCAUUCAGCUUAAAACAGAGUUUUAACCUCAACUGUUUUUCCCUCCCUCAGUGGUUUUAUGAAUUUGAUACUGCCAGAUCUUGCUCAUUUCCCACACACACGGGAUAUACAACCCAGGUUUGCAUUCAAAACAUUAGUAAAUGUGUUUGACUUUCCCACUUCAUCUUAAUAAAUGAAAGGCAAAAUGUGUCCAUCUGUUCCCCCCUUUUAUUAUGUAAACCACUACUCAGAUAUGGGUCUCAACUUCUUGGUAGUUUUCCAGCAUGAAUAGACUACAUUGCUUAGGUGGUUAUAUGCAGUUUUAUUCAAAAAGCCUUUAUUUUAAAAUGAUUCCAAUUGUAUUUGCAGAAAGUCUUCAAAAAGCAAUACAAUCACCACAUGCAUCAGAACACAGUUUCACCAAUUCAAAUGAAAGGGUAGGUGGUGCCUCA